UCUCCAGAAAUUCAAUUUCCUAAAAUACAAUAAAUAAAAACUUUAAUUGCUGACCAAACUCGUCUCACGAUCUCACAGAUUUUUUCUACAACCUUUCGUCUCGUCCUCUCUCAGAACUUCACAAGACUCGAAAAUGUCGGAAACGAUCGGCUCAGAGAUGUGUGACAAAUCGGGCAAAGUCUUCGUCGCUGGCCACCGCGGCUUAGUCGGAUCCGCCAUUGUACGCAAGCUCGAGCAACUAGGUUACACAAACCUCAUCCUCCGAACACACGCCGAGCUCGAUCUCACCCGCCAAUCCGACGUCGAGUCCUUCUUCUCUCUCGAGAAGCCAGUCUACGUGAUCUUAGCGGCGGCCAAAGUCGGCGGGAUCCACGCCAACAACACGUACCCCGCCGACUUCAUCGCCGUCAAUCUCCAGAUCCAAACCAACGUGAUCCACUCCGCUUACGCUCACGGGGUCAAGAAGCUCCUCUUCCUCGGAUCCUCCUGCAUCUACCCCAAAUUCGCUCCCCAGCCCAUCCCCGAGUCCGCUCUCUUAACCGGACCGCUCGAACCGACCAACGAGUGGUACGCAAUCGCGAAGAUCGCGGGGAUCAAGACCUGCCAGGCGUACAGGAUACAGUAUAAAUGGGACGCGAUCUCCGGGAUGCCGACGAAUCUCUACGGUCCUAACGAUAAUUUUCACCCCGAGAACUCGCACGUGCUUCCCGCGCUUAUGAGGAGGUUUCACGAGGCGAAGGUGAGUGGGGCCGAGGAGGUUGUGGUGUGGGGGACCGGGAGUCCGUUGAGGGAGUUUUUGCAUGUUGACGAUUUGGCUGAUGCUUGUGUGUUUAUGUUGGAGCGGUACAGUGGGUUGGAGCAUGUUAAUAUAGGGAGCGGUCAGGAGGUGACGAUUAAGGAGUUGGCGGAGUUGGUUAAAGAGGUUGUUGGGUUUGAAGGGAAGCUUGGAUGGGAUAGUAGUAAGCCUGAUGGGACGCCGAGGAAGCUGAUGGAUAGCUCGAAGCUCGCGUCUUUGGGGUGGACGCCUAAGGUUUCUCUUAGAGAUGGGCUUCGCCAGACUUAUGAGUGGUAUUUGGAGAAUGUUUGCGCAGCCAAGUGAUAAUUCUUCGGAACUUGUCUUUAAGAUUUAAAAAAUUGCUCUUUUAAAAAUCUACUACAUUGGGAUGUUUUCUUGUACCUGAGGAACUUACAAUAUCCGACAUGAUCAUGUUUGAUGUAACAGUAACUACAUGAUUAUGCUUUAUUUUCUUUUGACA